AUGGAGAUUCCUUCUACGAGAAUUUUCAACUGUGACGAGACUUAUGUAAGUUUAUGCCCUUUAUCUGAAAAAGUAUUGUUAGCUAAAGGAUCCCGUUCUGCAUAUAAGGUGGUUGAUUCUGAUAAAGAAGGAUUUACUGUAUUGUUUAUGUAUAGUGCUAAUGUUCUAAAGUUUGCAUUGGAUGCUACGGCACAAGAAAAAAAUGCUGUUAUCAGUGGAUUCAAAGCUGCAGGCUUGUAUCCUUUCGAUCCUUCUGCCGUUGACUAUGAUGUAUUUGAUAAAAGAAAGAAAUCUAAAACAACAGUAACUAAAGAAAAUGUACAAGAUGAAGUAACAGAAGAUAAGGAAAAACAUCUAUUAACCUUCGAAACCAAUUUAUCAAAGAAUAUUUUGAAAGAAUUUAAUACUGCUUGGUUAAAUCAGACAUUGCCCAAGGAUCUAGAAAUUACAAGCUUGUAUAAAUACCGGCUUGAUGUCAGUGAAAGAUCUGGUUCUCAUGAAAAAAGUAAACCAACUGUCAAAGAAGUGACACAAGAACAACCCGUAAAUAAUUUAAUUAAUGAUCAAGCCUCUACUCCGAAUGAUAAUAAUAACACUGAUAUGAAUCUUAACGAUCAUAGUCAUUCUUUUAAUGAAGAGUUUCUUCCUUUGAUAACUAAUCCUGAAAUAGACACAUCAGCAUCUUCUGAAGUAUUAUACGAAUUUAAAGUAGAUAAUAAACCUAUAGAAAUUGUCUCUCAAGCUCAGUCAGGUACUGAUCAAAGUAAGAAUUUAAAUUUAUUAAAUUUAUCUGAUGUUUUGGAACAUAACAUUGGUGAUGAAUUAAUAUUUGAAUCAAAUGUUUUGGAUGCUGAUAAUCAAACAGAUUUUCUUGACAGUACAUCUGCUAUUACAACUGUUUCUACUGCUGCUUGUACUACGCCAACUAUUGACAAAUAUUCUGAGCUUCAAGAAUGUCAAACAUUUAGUCAAGCAUUGAAACCGAUGCUGGGAAUCCUUUUGACGACGCAUUUAAGAUGCCAACUAAUUAUUUACCGAAGAAAAAAAAGGAUUAAACUGGAGUCAUCCGGCAAACCUAAACUACCUUCUGCUGGUACAUCUGAUCAGUGGAUGCAAUAUCACUCAACUUAUUAA